CCUAUUUCCACAGACAGGCUGACAGUUAGUCGUAUGAGGGCAGAAGCUAACCAGCCAUUUGCUGAACGUAUUAUCAUACUAUUAACUCCUUGACUUGUCCAGUUCAUAGUAAUUUCUUUAACAGAAAACUUGAUUCUGACGCUCCUGGAAAAGUUUAUUUUUGGAUAGAGCCACGAGCACGCAUCCACAGCCCGGCACGACUGCGACAACAGCAGGUGGAUGCCGCCAUGCCAUUUGGGUGCCUUGCCCUGCGAGAUGGGCGGAGCUACAGCAGCAUGUCUGAUGUCACUGACAAGUAUGAGAUUGGACAGGUCCUCAAAGCAAAGGAGUUCUGCGAGCUAUGUCUGGCGAAGGACAGACAGACAGACAAGGUCUUCGUCUGUAAGAAAUUCCUGAAGAAAGACGGCAGGAAAGUACGCAAGGCCGCCAAGAACGAGAUCAUGAUCCUGAAGAUGGUCAACCACCCUAACAUCUUACAAUUGAUCGACACCUUUGAGACCAGGAAGGAGUACUUCAUCAUCCAGGAGCUGGCCACGGGAGGAGAUGUGUUUGACUGGAUCCUGGAUCAAGGGAACUACACAGAGAGGGAUGCGUCGAACGUCAUCCGACAAGUUCUAGAAGCCGUGGCUUACCUGCACUCCCUCAACAUUGUGCAUAGAAACCUGAAG